AUGAGUGCCCCAGCCAACCCGCCCCACAGUGCGAUAAACUGUCAACAAUAUCAUUUGGCAAAACGACCAUGGAGACUCAAUGUGACGGAUUUUGAAAGAAUCCUAGAGUAUCCCUAUCAGGGAAGUGGCACAGAAGAUGACCCAUACAUUGUGGAGUGGCUAGAGAACGACCUCGAGAACCCCAAGAACUACAGCGAAACCCUACGAUGGAGUGUCACGGCAUUGAUCGCAACCAUGACACUUUGCGUCGCCCUAGCCUCGUCUGCAUACUCAGGAACUGUUGGCAAACUACUUGCUGAAUUCAAAUGCAGUCAAGAGGUGAUCAUCUUGGGUCUGUCCCUUAUGGUUCUCGGAUAUGCUAUCGGACCUUUACUGUGGGCUCCGAUCUCCGAGUCUGUUGGUCGUCGCAAUAUCUUCUUGCUUUCAUAUGCCGGAUACACAUGUUUCACUGCUGGCUGCUGCGGCGCACAAAACGUUUGGACUCUCAUUAUCCUCCGGUUCUUCACUGGUAUCUUUGGAUCCAGCGCCCUCUGUAUUCCCGGAGGUCAAAUCGCGGAUAUGUUCAAGCCGGAGCUCCGAGGCCUCGGGAUUGGCGUCUUUUGUCUUGCACCUUUCAUCGGACCCGCUCUCGGUCCCAUCAUCGGUGGAUUCCUCGGUGAUGCAGCCGGUUGGCGUUGGGUUAUGGGGUUGUUGGCUAUAUUCUCAGGAGUGCUGACGCUUAUGGCGUUCAUCUUCAUGCCCGAGACAUAUGCCCCGGCAUUAUUGAGACUGCGCGCUGCGCGCUUGUCAAAAGCCACCUCGAAGGUCUAUUUGACUGCCGAAGAUGCAGAGAACCCCAUUGUUUUCAAGGAAUUGGUCAAGCAUGCGCUGCUUCGACCUUGGGUUUUGCUAUUCCGUGAGCCUAUCGUCUUCAGUCUGACGCUUUACAUGUCAGCUAUCUACGGUACUCUUUACCUGUGCUUUGCUGCGUUCCCAAUUGUUUUCCAGACAAACCGUGGUUGGAAUGCCGGCGUGGGAGGCCUCGGAUUCACAGGUGUCUUGGUGGGCCUCAUUCUUGGAAUUCUCAUCAUCUGCUGGGACAACAAGCGUUACGUGCGCAUCUACCGCGCAACUGACGGGUUUGCUCCACCGGAAUGUCGCCUCCCAGCAGUCAUUGGGGGCGGAAUAUCUAUCGUUGUCGGACUGGCAUGGUUCGCUGCCACGGACGCCCCUAACAUCCACUGGAUAGUUCCAAUCAUGGCUGGCGCACCCUUUGGUGCAGGAUUCGUGUUGGUGUUCAUCUGCUGCGCCAAUUACUUGAUUGAUGCAUACGUGAUUUACGCCGCCUCGGUCCUGGCGUCCAACUCCGUGAUGCGAUCCGUCUUUGCUUGUGUCUUCCCUCUAUUCACUACCUACAUGUUUAAUGAUAUCGGAAUUCACUGGGGUGUUGCCGUUCCUGGAUUUAUCGCGCUUGCCUGUCUUCCAUUCCCCGUUUUGUUCUAUCUAUACGGUGCAAAGAUCAGAGCGCGUUGCAAGUACGCUGCACUCGCAGAACAGCAUCUACGAAAGACCAAGGGAUUGGCCGAUGUGAGCGCCCAAGGCUCGACUGACUUCGAGGAAGAUGCAAUUCCGAAGGUUUAA